AUGCAGGCCGUGUGGGCUAGCGCCGCGAUGGUGACUCCGAAGAGACUGGGAUACCGGCUGCUGAGUGACUUUCGUGCGGCCAACAUGCAUGUAGAGAAGUCGUAUUGUGCCAUACCUAACCCUGGAGCUAGUAUGGCUCAGCUCAGUGCGGCUAAGUUCUAUGGGAGGUUGGAUCUCUUGCAAAGGACGAAGCGCGUGGCCGAGACUCGCGCAAUCGCUGUGGAUGUGUGGACGACCGCGCUGAUCGAGGCGUGGACUGCCGCGCAAGACCUUGCUGUCCGCGCUGGUGCCUUAUCUCACCCUUACCCAGUUCGCGCGAUGCUCAUGUCCGAUGAACAAUCGGGGAGCUUACUCACCGGAGUGCCCCGAACUCAGCUGGACCGUGGCGUUCCUGUGGAGGAUAUGGCUCAUAAACCGAUGGGGUUUGCGAGCGAUACAUUCACGAGGCCGCAGCAGCGAUGGGCCACGGUAGACAAGGUGGACAACGAAGGGUACGCGAUCGUGAGUAUGUUCAAGCGGUUGGAGUAUUUGCCUUGGGAUGACGUGCAGAUCUUCAUAGAUCACCGUAAUUUCGCGUACAUUUUGACCCAGAGGCUUGCGUGUCUUCCUUAGCGAAAGCCACGGCUCAGCGCCUCGACCAGUGAAAAGCUGUCUUGGGCAAGAACGAUUCCACCAUCAGGCACAUUCUGGGUGGGUGGUAUUGCUGGGGAGACCUUCUGUCGCGUUGGGUUUCUAUGCCGUCGGUGUAACUGGUGGUUUGGGCACACAUGAAAGAAGCUGGGCAUCGAGGCGCUUUCGCAACCUUCCAGCGGCUGUGCGAGCGACUGUUGCUGGUUUCGGAUGGAAGAGCAUGUCACCGACCUCGCUAUGCCUGCAUGGCAUGGAUUCCACGGAAGGGGAAAAGGUGCCCUGUCCGCUUGGGUCAAGACCACGCCCGGCACGCGUCCUGGUGAAGUUGUUCAAUUCGACCAUCUCUACGUGGGAGCGAGGGGCCCGCUGUGGAAAGAUAGCUUUGACGGGGAGGGAGGGUUCCAAGUACAUUGUGGUCAUGAUGGACGACAUUUCAAACUGGGUUUGGCUGGAGUCCACAGGGGCGUGCACAGCCCGCCUGACCGCGCAGCAUCUCCGGAGGCGGUGUAAGGUCUUGGGUGCGCCGGAGCAUUGGGCAUCGAAUGGAAUGUGGACUUCCUAGACGAGAAAGCUUUGCGGUUGAAGGUGAGCGUGUCGUCGAGACCCAACGUCAACUGCUCAAGGAAGUUCUUGACAAGGUUCAGGCGAGUCGGAGUAAAGCACCGAGUGUCUGCGCGUGUUGGGACUCUCCCUGAACUCGUGGUGGGGACCUACGUGCUGAUGGCGCGCGCUAGCCGGCGUGGGUCGACAACGAAACUGCUCAUGACCUGAAAGGGGCCGUGGAGGAUUGUUGCCGCCGAGGGACCGCAUGUAUACGAAUUCCAGAACAUCGUGUGAGGUGAAGUUCGGGAUGUCCACGUCGUGCACUUGCGGUCCUACGCCGCUGCCGCUCUCAAAAUCACGGCCGAUCUGAAGGAGAUUUUUCAGUAUUCUUUCACGCAGCGAGGUUCGAGAUGGAGGCGAUCGUGGACAUGUUUGUGGCGGAAAACUGCCUUGGCUUUGAUGUGGAUUUUCUUUUUUUGCAAGCGUACGGCCUUGGCCAAGUUAGUUUGGUUUUUUGUCAUUAGCGUGUUGUAGUCAUUUCUAGCGUGGCGCUUGUCACCUUUGGAGGUGGAAAUUCUGCACUUUGUCUAUUAACUAAUCACAUGUGAAGCGUGCGACCAUAUUCAAAUUAGUUUGGUCGUGCGCCAUUUGCGUUUUGUAGUCAUUUGUAGCGUCGCGUGCUUGUCACUGUUAAAUGUGGGAAAUCUACGCUUUGUAUGAGAGUUAAACAUGCGUUGACUUAUGGAAUGGAGUGGCAUUAGUCCGGGAUGAUGUCGCCGUGUAUUGGUGUUUAUCGUUCACAAACACCGUUGUCGUUAUUCUUGAGUAAAACCAGGAGCGUACCACUGUCCAAAAAGGUGAUUUUGGAAAUAUCUCAAGAGCAUUCCUGAGAGGUAUCAGUUGGCGCUCGAAAUUUCCCUUGGAAAAUCGAUCCCACCCCCGUGCGUUCUCUCGCAUAUUGACGGUAAAUAGCUUUGAGGGUGUUGAGGACGCAGCGUACCUGGUAGCAGUAGUUCACGAUGGGAAGCCUCUCUUUGGUUUCAGCAUGUACCUCCAGAUCUAGCUUCGUUUUGC